CUUUGACAACUGCUAUCAUGGAACAAUCCAGUCCACCCAUAGAACAGCCUGGCACCCCUAAGCGUCGCCACAUCACUCCUCUGACUAGGGAUGAUCGGUUGAGGAUCCAUACAUUAUGGAAAGCUGGUCAUAAACAACAAUGGAUAGCAGACCAUCUUGGCUUCAAGCUUCGCCAAGUGACGUACGUACUUAGCGGACCCGUAACACCACGAAAAAAGACUGGUCGACCUAAGAAAAAACCAGCGUCAGAGAAGGAGGUGCAGGAUUUGAACAGCAGACUACUCGAGUUGCAGCACGGGGUGCAAGGUCCCAGUAAUGGGCAAAAAAGUAUCAAAAAUGGGCCGGAGAGUUUCAAUGGCAUACCCCAAGACAUAAAUAACAGUCUGCAGCACCUAGAACAUCAACCACAACAAGUUCAGCAAGUUCAGCAGCAAGUAUACCAUGGCCAUCAUUUGCCAGGACAUAUCAACCAGGUGUCACAACCAGUACACCAUUAUAGGCUACCAGGACAAGUCCACCAAGUGCCGCAACACGCACAUCAGAGGCUUCCACAAAACCUUCAUCAGGUACCGCAGCAGAGUUAUCAGGCGCUACGAUACAUACAUCCAGUAGCACAGCCGAUUCACCAGGCACCGCAUCAAGUCUACCAGCCGCCGCAGCAGAUCCAUCGGAUACUGCAACACGUAUCCAAGGAGCUACCACGGAAUUUAAUCCCGGAACCACAACAAAUACCAGGACUCCAGGGGUCGCCGCAGCAAGUAUCAAGAAUCCAGCAGCCACAGCAGCCGCAACAGCAAGUAGUUCCGGAACCGCAAAAGACGCCAGGAACCCAGGAACCACAGGCUGCAGAAGAUCGGGAAUUGCAAGACACGUCCAACGAGCUACAACCAACAAUGGUAUAUAAAGAACCUGAGAAAAGUUCCGGGGACCAGGACCAGGAACACACCGUUCAGGAGCCGCAAAAAACAGACCCGCAAAAGACGGAUCAGGAACCCCAACACCCUCAAAAGACACAGGACCACCAAGAACCAGUGUAUGCAGACAACGGAUUGCAGGAUACAGACCCCGAGGCGUCUGAAGAAUAACAAUGUCGCAGAAUACCGAGUGCACUGUUCUCACCCGUCCACCACUAAAGACUUGGAUUGCCUACAGUACAGCGACGCCCAGCUGCACGAUUCCCUCCAACACCGGAGUCUUAUCUCACCAAGAAUUCUCUGAAAAGACUGUGGUGCUACAAGGGAGAUACCUAGAUCCCAGUCUCUUCCCUUCGCAAAAACCCGAGUUCUCCCCCUCAGGACUUCGAAUUCAAAUCGUAAUUCACGUCUAGCUUCGCAGCUUCGCUUGUUCGUCAGGCACAGUACCGGCACGAACAUAGUUAUGCAUUCUGCGAACUAGAAAGUCGUAGGAAGAUAACACUGUUUUGAUGAUGGUAUCAAGCAGGUUGUGUGGAGGAGUAAAAAGGAGGGUUGUCAGGAUAUCUGGGAGGGAAAGGAAAAGAGAGGAUGGAUGAAGAAGGGA